AUGAUACUGCGGGAUUUAGCGAACAAAGUGAUCAACUGGCUCGACAAGUUCAAAGCGGCGGGAGAUAUCGUUGUAAACUACGAUCCUAGCCAUCUUGCACUGCCGUGGGCGGGGGUCAGAUUCAUACUUCAGGCAGCUGUGGCAGACAGCCAGCAAAUGGGAAACCUACUUGUUGGCAUGGAAAAGGUGACAUGUCUGAUGAGCCGCGGUACGAUCUACGAAAACUUUUACCUCCAUAUGAAACACGGCACGAACCCGAAUCAAGCUGUCAAUAAUCUGCAAGACGCGCUGGUAAAGCUGUAUGCGAAGGUGUUGCAGUUUCUGGCAGGUGCAAACCGGCUAUACAACAAGAACACAGCUUCCAGAGCCAUUCAUGCAAUCUUAAAUCCCGACGAGGUUCACGGCUUCAUCAAGGACUGUCAGCCACUGGAGGACCGGGUAAAUAUCGAAGCAAGCAAUUGCGAGCACAUGUAUACCCACGAGGCUCUCUCGGAGUUGGGAAAACAGAUGAAACAACUACGCCAAUUGCUCGAUGACAUAAACAAGCCGAUCGUGCGUAUUGAUCCUAGGAUCGCAGCGUUGUGGGAUAGAUCGAACGCGGAUGAGCACUCUCAAAUUCUUCUUUGGACCUCCGAUAUUCCGUACGAGGGGAAUCAUAAGACGGCGAAAGAGGGGCGCGCCAAAGAUACGGGGCAAUGGCUGCUGACGCACGCGAAAUAUUCUCGGUGGAGGAACUCAAGUGCUUCCAUGAUACUCUGGCUUCAUGGUAUCCCUGGAGCUGGCAAGACGAAGCUCGCCUCGACAGUCGUUGAUGAUAUGCUUAGUACACUCACUGGGCAGCAAAAUGAUGAAGCAUUGGCUUACUUCUACUGCGACCGCAACCAGGCGAGCCGUCAAGAGCCUGUAUCCGUAAUGCGCAGUUUCGUGAGGCAACUUUCAACAGCUCGAACCGGUGACGCUAUGCAUCCUCUCCUUGUCCAGCGCUACCAGCAAAAGAGGCAGAUAGGUUUCGCCUCUGGGCCACUGGACGCAAACGAGUGCGAGGAUCUUCUGCUUAAAUACGUCAAUGACUACCCACACACGACUCUGAUCCUAGAUGCUCUGGAUGAGUGCGAUCAUCGGACACGGAAGCAUCUUAUUGUCGCGCUCGACCGGAUCGUUGGCAGCUCGUCAAAGCCGAUCAAGGUUUUCAUUUCCAGCCGGCCGGACUUGGACAUUAGAGAGCGGUUUGAAACGGGCCCAAAUGUGGGCAUCCAGGCUACGGACAACCAGAACGACAUAGCAAGGUUUGUAGAUGCACGACUGGAUGAAGACGACAAAAGUCGACGCAAGAAGUUUACGAUCAAACUCAAAGAGGAUAUCCGCGACACACUUCUGGAGAAAAGUCAAGGCAUGUUUCAGUGGGCGUCCUUGCAGAUAACACAAAUUCUGGAGCUGAGCCGUGAAAAGGACAUCCGAUGUCGCCUUGGCAGACUCCCGGAAGGCUUGACGAAAGCAUACGACGAGAUAUGGGAAAUGAUGAAGAAGAAACCUGGAAGCUCCUUUGAGAUCGCCGAGCGAGCAUUCAAGUGGGUUAUGUGCUCACGUACGCCUUUGUCACCGGACCUGUUAGUCGCUGCUGUCUGUCAAGAUCCCGAAACAGAGAACAUGGACCAGGUAGAUGUCGACAUCGACUACGUGCUUGCUGCCUGUAGUAAUCUCCUAGUAAUCGAUCCUCAGCUGUCGGUGUGCCGCUUCUCGCAUUUGUCGGUCCAGGAAUAUAUCGAGAAUCACCGGUUGAAGCCUAUUCAGGCCGAAGACGUUGUUGCAAGAGUUUGUCUUAGAUUGCUUUGCGACGAUAGCAUCAACAAGUCUGGCAUCAAGCCCGCCGACUGGUCUUAUCAAGAGUCCGCCCACUGGUCUUAUCAAAAGUUCGGCCAGUACAAGAUCUACAAAGAGCACCAAGACGACAACAUCGAGAAAGGGGUGGAAAAGCUACUCAACUAUGCAAGACUUUACUGGCCAAAUCAUGUUCAAGAUUGUGAACAAGCUGAAGACAUAGAAAUGCUGAGCGCAGUCCUGAUGAAUUUCCUCGGAUCUAUGAACGAAAGCGGUGCUGCCUAUAGAGCAUGGCAUACGGCCUUGCUUGGUACGCAUCAGGAAGAAGUAGAGAGAUGUCUAGGAUGGGAAGUAGUUUCGAAGCUGAGCCCGCCGUCCUCAGCCGCGUUUGCAAUAUGCUACUUCGGUCUCUACAGAGUGCUGUCGGCAUGGUGGGACGUAGGCCUGAUUGAUAGCAAUCAGUGCAACCUCGAAGCCGAGUCUCUGCUAGCUCUAAGCGCUGCAAAUGGCUUUCUGCCCAUCUGUCGGAGAUUGAUUGAACUCGGAGCAAACGUCAACUCUGGGAAUGAGGAUAAUUUGACCGUGCUGCAUAAUGCUUCGUAUUCGGGUCAAGAGGAGAUCGUCGAGCUAUUACUCGACCACGGCGCUAACGUUAACGCUCAGAGUGAAGAUCAUACCACCGCGCUGUAUAACGCUUCAUUAACCGGCCACGGGAAGGUCAUCGAGCUAUUACUCUACUACGAUGCCGACGUUAACGCUCAAACUGAACGUCAUACCACCGCGCUGCGUAACGCUUCACUUAAAGGCCAUGAGAAGAUCGCCGAGCUGUUACUCGACCACGGCGCCGACGUCAACCAUCAGAGUACAUAUACUCAUAACACCGCGCUGCAUAUUGCUUCAUUGGAAGGCCACAAGAAGAUCGUCGAGCUGCUACUCAAGAAGGGUGCUAAUGUUCACGCGCGAGACUGGUUGCAUCGUACCGCACUGCACGAGGCUUCGGAGAGAGGCCACACGGAGAUUAGAAGGCUGCUCCUGGAUUGGGGCGCCGAGGAGGUGAUAGAGGAGAGCUCGUCGUCUGACUAUUCAGAUCUCAGCAUGGAUGAUGACGCUGAUUGA